AAUGCAAGAUGUUCCAAUGGUUCGCCGCAGGUGCCCUCGGUUCCGGCAGUCACGGUUCUGAAUCGUUCACUGUGUCGUUUUGACUCCGUCGCAUCCGACGCGAUAACGACCGACAAUAAAACACGGGACAGAGAUCAGGGUAAGAAUAAAGGUACGAUGUCGCAGCCCCCUCCUCUGUUGGAUUCCGUCGAUAUAUUCGACGCGAACGAAGAUAGCGAGGAUCUUUUUUCAUCGGCCAUCGAUGACAAACUAGAGACAAAAUCUUGCCUGAACCCCUUGCCCGAACUGCCGACAUUGCAGCUCUCCGUGGACAAGAGUCCGAUCUCCAGCCCAAUCGAGGAAGUCUCGGAGGAGCCGGAAGAGGUUCAGGUGUCGCCACCGGCCCAGAAAAAACAAUCGCCUCGUCUUAAGAUCCAAAAUGGUGAAAUAGAAGAUCACCACUUCAUAAAUAUUAGUAUAAAAGAUAGCAGUAAACAGGGUGAUGGAAUGGCAGCAUAUAUUGUAUACAAGGUCGAAACGAAUACAAACAUUCCUACAUUCAGAAAAAAUAGUUUCUGUGUCCAUCGGCGGUUUAGUGAUUUUUUAGGAUUACACGAUAAGUUAGUUGAGAAAUAUUUAAGGACAGGGAGGAUAAUACCGCCAGCGCCUCAGAAAAGUGUGAUAGGAAUGACCAAGAUUAAGAUGUCAGGACAAGUAGAGCAACCAUCAUCAAAUGAGUUUGUUGAGAGGAGGCGGGCCAGUUUGGAAAGAUAUUUGCAAAGAACAGCAGCCCAUCCGACUCUGUGUAUGGACUCAGAGUUUAAAGAAUUUCUAACAAAUGAAAAUGAACUUCCUCGAGCAACCAACACAAGUACAUUAAGCGGUGCAGGAAUGAUAAGAUGGUUUAAUAAAGUAGGAGAAACUGUUAAUAAAAUUACAUAUAAAAUGGAUGAAAAUGAUCUGUGGUUCGAAGAGAAAACUCAGGAAAUUGAAUGUCUCGAAAAUGGAUUGAGAAAGUUACACAGUAGUGUGGAAUGUCUAGUAUUAGCACGAAAAGAUCUUGCCUCAUACACUGGAGCAUUAGCAAAGACAAUGGCAAUGUUAAGCAGUUGUGAAGAGCAUGGUCUACUUGCCUCUUCGUUGGCUCGAUUACACGAACUUCAGGAAAAAGUUGAGAAUCUUCAUAAUGAACAAUCAAAUUCUGACUUUUCAGUACUCUGUGAACUUCUUAAAGAUUAUAUUUCAUUAAUUGGAGCAAUAAAGUGUGUGUUCCACGAACGAGUUAAGGUGUAUCAGCACUGGAAUCACUCGUUACAAAUGCUUAACAAAAAACGUGAAUACAAAGCCAAAAUGGAACUAUCCAAUAGAUCAGAUAAAGGGAAUGUAGCAGCAAAUGAAAUCACGGAAUGGGAAGCCAAAGUAGAAAGGUGUGAAGAGGAGUUUAACAGCAUUUCAAAAAUGAUAAAGAAAGAAAUGGAAAGUUUCUCUGAUACAAGAAUAAAAGAGUUUAAAUCAGUCUUUAUUAAAUAUAUGGAACAACAAAUGAGACAUCAAAUGCAACUUAUUGAAUACUGGGAAGCUUUUCUACCAGACGCAAAGGCGAUUGCAUGAAAGUGGCCGAAAAAGUUUUAAAAACUGGCACAAAAAUUGUAUUCUUAAACAUCUAAUUAUAAACUAUAAAAUUAAAAUCUUCUCGACAAAUAGCUAUGCCAAAAUUUGUUGAAUGCUAUUGAAAAAUAUAGUAAUUAUUUUCA